UGGCGAUUGAAAGGGCCGAAUGACUGCCCAGCAGCGGUUUGCGUCUGCUGCCGACACUAUCUGUGUUUGGGACCCCUUUCAGUUGACUCAUCCUCUCACUCGAGCGGCCAGUGACACAAAAACACAUUUUACAUCCGUACGGUGGAGCGAGAAUGGUCAAUUACUUGUGGCUGCCAAUGGUGGUCUGUCUGUGUUUAAAGCAUCAGGUCCAGAUACAGCAACGAGUCGACUUAAGACUGAGAAAACGGAUGCAUUAUGUGCUUGCUUUUCUGGUACACGGCACGUUCUAUCGGGCCACACUGACUCAACCAUAAAACUUUGGAACAUCAAGAGCAAAUCAGUAGCAAAGACAUUUAAAAGUCACACGUCUGCUGUCACAUGCUUAGCAAUGAGUUGUGAUGGUUCUCGACUGUUAUCUGGUUCUACUGGCGGUGACCUGAUAUGUCACAAUAUUAGCAGUGGUGACACAUCCAGACCAAUGAAAACUCCCACUGUCGAGUCAGUGACUGACGUUCAGUUCAGUGUAUUUUCCAACUCGUUAGCCACCUCGUCAAGCCAAGAUGGUUACAUACACAUUUGGGACAUGAACACGCAGCAGUUGAGGAAGACGUUUGCUCAGCAACAUCACGGAGGAGCUACUAGCAUUGCGUUCUCACUACUGAACGAGAAACUGUUUGCAAGCUGUGGAAUGGAUGGAAAGAUUAACUUCUACGACGCAGCACAGCAACGGCAUCUUAUGUCACGAAAUGCAGACGUUCCGUUGUCGGCUGUGUUGAUUAUGUCUGAUGGGUUCACGGUGAUUGCCGGCUCUGCAACUGGGUAUUUCUUUCAGUAUGAUUUACGGUCGGGGAUAUCUGAUGGUCUUAUUACGAGCGUGAAAACGCACCAAAUGAAAAUCGCAAGUUUGUCUUGUCGCUUUGUCACACGGAUAUCUGGCGGAGGUCAUAGAGCCAGUGUGGCAUCACAAGGAAGCAGUGGAACUAUAGAGAAGGGAAGGACACGACAUAAAUUACCUUCUGAGACAAAAACUGUUGUUAGUGUGUCGUCACUGACUCAUAGCACAAGUUCACAUCAAUCAACAGCAAGUGGCAGUGCGUCAAGCCACCCGCAAGAGCUGUCCCACUCAACCGCAUCCUUACAAUCUAAUAUGGGUACUAGUAGUCAACGCGGACAGUGGAAUGAGCCUGUCACUCCUCUGGUUUCAUUCUCAACCACACCAGCUAUCAAGUCUUCCACAUCUGUGUUUAGUCCUGAGAGUGUAUUUUCACCUCUCACUGCUAGCAGCACGAUGAAGCUGCCAAGGACUCAAGCCAGCACACCACCACACAAACUGGUAACGUCAGUCACUAACGACCGACACAAGGUUGCUCGAAGUGCAGCCACAAUGGUAACAGAGUCGACAUCACCGCUUGUUAGCUUAAGCAGCAAAGCAUCAUCAGCUGCGACAGAGAUUGGUUCAUAUGCGGGAUCUUUGCCUUUGUCAAGCAUCAGCACAACUGCUUCCAUGCAGACAGGCCAUCUUUCUGUGCAGCCACCAUCCAUGUUUUCUUUGAUUUCGCCGCCACUGGAGCAACAACUGGCGGUGUUGUCGACCUCGGUAGCUGUGACAUGUGUGGCUCUACAGCCACCGUCCUUCUACUCGUCACCAACAAGGCCCAGUCACGAUGUGUCACAAUUCUCGUUGCCUUCUCGACAGCCCAUUUCGUCAACAAUAUCGGGUGAUAUGUUUUCGCCUUUGACGUCAGUCAAUCAAGAAGGAAAUCAGACAGGCAUGCCAACACUAGUCGCUUCAUCUGGCAGAGAGUUUCAGCGGUUGUGUAAUGUGGUGGACGGACCUAAAGAAGUAGGUCUAACAUCGAGUGUUGCACAGCCACGUCUUGAUCCACAAAUGCAAUCUGCUCAGUCAAUGGAUGAGGGUCAAUCGAACAACACCUUGCUUGCUACAACAGCUACUGCUCGUGUACAUGCAGCAACAGACAGUCUGAUGGAUGUAAAACGAAUACACCCUGUUGCAUCUUUAGGAACUGGAGUGAGUCCUAUGGGAAACAUGCCCGUACACUCAUUGACAACUGCUCAGCCUCAACCUCAAUUUCAUCUCCAGGUGUUUCAAAGUAUGAUCGAUGAUUCUAUCGAAGAGCUGAGACUAAACUUGUAUAGACACAUCAGGGAUGUCCACGUGGAUAUCAUACGACAGUUUGAACAGACUGAGACGAAUAUUCAAGCCAUGCUUGAGACGCAUUCUGUUAAUCCUGCACUGUUGGAGGAGAUCGCCAGACUGAAGGAGGAAAACGAACGACUAAAAAGAAAAUAUUAGGAGCCGCCGACGUGUGGUCAGUAUUACUCUGGUAUUAAUAGCAAGUCACAAUUACUAUCGUUACUACCAUAUUAGUCAUCAAAUAGAACCACACCCACGCACUUGUUUUGCACAAUGUCUUA